AGGCUCAAGAGCUCUCGACUCGACCCUCAGCAGCAUAUUGGACUCAGUUGAAGAUUAGCAGACAUGAGCGGCAGAGGAAAGGGAGGUAAAGGACUCGGUAAAGGAGGCGCCAAGCGCCACCGUAAAGUUCUCCGUGAUAACAUCCAGGGAAUCACCAAACCCGCCAUCCGCCGUCUGGCUCGCCGCGGCGGAGUGAAGCGCAUCUCCGGUCUGAUCUACGAGGAGACCCGCGGUGUGCUCAAGGUGUUCCUGGAGAACGUCAUCCGUGACGCCGUCACCUACACCGAGCACGCCAAGAGGAAGACCGUCACCGCCAUGGACGUGGUGUACGCUCUGAAGAGGCAGGGCCGAACCCUGUACGGCUUCGGAGGCUAAACCUCAUCCCGACCCAACGAUACCGGAACCAACGGCUCUUUUAAGAGCCACCCA